GUCGAAGUACGCCAUAAGAAGAAUAAUAUCAUAGUCUUUUAGAAAACAUUUUACUUUUUACAGCAUUAAGAGUGAAGCAAAAACAGUACUAGUUUAAAUCUACCUCAAGCUUCUUUACGUUCUGAAAUAUGUCUGAAGAACAAUCCCGCGGACGGCGGCGUCCAUCGCGUGAAUAUCAUCAAGCACCCAGCACAUCGCGGCGCCCCCGCGAACCAUCUAUAACUGAAGAGCCGCGCGCAAAAGUGUUCAGGCGGGAAUUUGAGUCACCUUACGAGAAGCCCACGACUUCAAAAGAUAGCGCAAAACGGCAUCCUGGUGCUGGGGAUGGUGGUGGAGCUGGCGGCAGAAAAAAGAGGGAACGUGUAUCGUACGAAAUUGUACAUACGAAGCCCGCAGAUAUCGUAAGCAAGAGAGGGACUGGCGGAAGAGAAAUCCGUUUACUGGCGAAUUAUUAUCGCCUAUUAACAACUCCGACAUGGAAGAUACAUCAGUACCACGUUACUUUCGCGCCUGAAGUGGAGCUGAAACGCCUUCGAGGGGGUCUGCUGUACGAGCAUCGCGGAAUUCUGGGAGGCUACUUAUAUGAUGGCAUGAAGUUAUUCUGUACGAACAAAUUAAGCUUAGAACAAACAAUUUUGCAUACAACGUCCAAGAAUAAUGAAAAGUUCGUUUUAACGUUGAAACAUGUAGGAGUACUUGGUAUGGAUCAAUGGGAAUCUCUUCAAGUCCUUAAUCUAAUAGUUCGAAGAGCAAUGGAAGGAUUAAAGCUCCAGCCUAUACAGCGCAACUAUUAUGAUCCUCAAGCUAAGAUUGACAUACGAGAACAUCGCAUGCAAUUGUGGCCUGGUUAUCAAACCUCGGUGCGACAACACGAACGUGACAUAUUACUGUGUGUCGAAAUCGCUCAUAAAGUUAUGCGUACCGAAACCUUAUACGACAUACUGCAACGCUGCCUUGAAACAACACGCGAUUAUCAAGAAGACUUUCGGCGCCACGUAAUUGGUAUGAUUGUCCUUACAGACUAUAACAACAAGACGUAUUCAGUGAAUGAUAUAGACUUUGCCAAAACGCCGAAGGAAACAUUCAGCUUUAAAAAUCAAGAAGUCUCUUUCAUAGACUAUUAUUAUAAGAAAUAUAAUAUUCGGAUACGUGAUGCAAAUCAGCCUUUGUUGAUAUCGAAAGCUAAACUACGUUCAAUAAGAGGAGGUGAAAAUGAAAUUAUUAUUUUGAUACCGGAGCUAUGUCGCCCAACGGGUUUGACUGACACUAUGCGUUCUAAUAUGCAAUUAAUGCGGGCUAUGGCUGAUCAUACUCGCUUAGAGCCCCGUGGACGCAUGGAUCGUUUACGAACUUUUAAUCGUCGCUUACAACAAACCGAAGGUAGCGUUCGUAUACUUAAAGACUGGAACAUGACGUUGGAUACAAAGCUCGUAGAGUUAUCGGGCCGUAUCUUAGACCCCCAGCGAAUUGUGUUCAAAGAUCAUAACAAAUUAUCGGCUGGUGACAAUGCUGAUUGGACCCGGUUAUUCCGUGAUAAUGGUUUGUUCACUACCCCUACCCGCGGUUUGGAACGAUGGUGUGUCAUUUCUCCAACACGUUACGCUCGCGAAUCACGUAAUUUUGUAGAAUCUUUAAUGAGAGCGGGUCGAGGCAUGGGUAUGGAAAUUGGUCGCCCCGAAGAAUUAAUGAUUCCUGACGAUCGUAAUCAUACAUACAUACAGGCUAUGGAAGAAUGUUGUCGUCGCGAUCCUCAACUGGUGUUAUGCUUGGUGCCAAACAAUAACGCAGAAAGAUAUGCAUCUAUUAAGAAGAAGAGCUAUCUAGAGAGAGCUGUCCCCACGCAAAUCAUCACACAGAAAUCAGCUAGUAACCAACGAGGAAUUAUGAGUAUUGCUACUAAGGUCGCUAUACAAAUCAAUUGCAAGCUGGGUUACACACCAUGGAUGAUCGAUCUGCCGCUUAGUGGGUUAAUGACCAUCGGCUAUGAUAUAUCUAAAUGCCCAAAAGAUAAGUCGAAAGCUUUCUGUGCUUUAGUAGCCAGCAUGGAUAUGAAACAGAACGCGACAUUUUAUAGCACUGUAGCUGAAUGCAGCCCUGGGGAUGCUUUGGCCAGCAAUUUGUGGCCUAUGAUGACAAAGGCUUUACGCCAAUAUCGUAAAGAACACGAAAAGUUGCCAAAUCGAAUAUUGUUCUAUCGCGAUGGCAUAGGUGAAGGCUCGCUUAAGCAAGUGUACGAGCACGAAGUUCGAGAUGUAGUUGAGAAGUUAGAGGCCGAGUACAAACGGUGCAAUGCUGAAAAGCCUCCGAUGUUUGCUUACGUAGUGGUAACGAAAUCAAUAAAUACGCGCUUUUUCUAUGGUGAACGUAAUCCUCCGCCCGGUACUGUCGUUGAUGAUGUAGUUACUCUGCCCGAGCGUUAUGAUUUCUUUCUAGUGUCACAAUCCGUACGCCAGGGAACAGUGUCCCCAACCAGUUAUAACGUGGUACAUAGUACUAUACGUUUAACACCCGAUCAAAUGCAAUUGUUAACGUAUAAGAUGUGCCACUUGUACUACAAUUGGUCAGGUACAACACGUGUACCUGCCGUUUGCCAGUAUGCCAAGAAAUUGGCGUCCUUGGUUGGCACGGCACUAUAUCAACCUCCACAGAAUGCUUUGGAGAAAAAACUUUAUUAUUUGUAGAAGUAAAAUAUUCCAUUUUUUUUUUCUUUUUCUAGACGUAAGCUUCGAGAAACUUCUGUCUUCUAAUUCAAUUUUUCUUAGUUUUAUAACUCGAACAAUACAAUGCAAUUCUUGCUUUACAACAUUUUUGAAGUAAUAUUUCAAUUGUUUCAAGGAGCUAUAUAUCUUACUCAUAAUUUUCUUCCUUUUUUUAAGCAUCGUAUUGUUUAACAAUAUUAUUUUAAAAUUCAUUUUAAAUGUCCCUUUGAAAUAUGGAUUUAAAUUGACUUCUUUUAUAACACUAAAAUGGAUUCUUACAUUAAUAAAAGUA